GAGAGAAAGAGAGAGAGAGAGAGAGAGAGAGAGAGGCAGGUCCGCAGGAAAUCGAGCAGCAGGCACCGAAGAAGAGAGAAAAGCGAGAAAACAAGCCGGGGAGGCUCUGCUGCGGCUGCUGCUGACUGAAAGGCGGCGCACGGAAAGCGCAGGCGGCUCCAGAACCCGGCGCUCGGUCCCGCCGGCGGAGAGCUGAACUUCGGCGAGAGCGUGAGCGACCCCCGGAUAAAUAAAUGCCUGCGGAGGGAAGAAGAGGGGCUCCAGCUGUUGCUGGACGCUUGGCGGAGGGCUCUCUGCGUGGCUGCGCUGCUCUGCUGCUACCUUCCUAACGCAACUGGGAAGGGUGGUCGCUGUGUGCGAGCUGAGGGGUGGGGGUGUUUCUUUUUUUUUAAUCCGUGGAGCACAUGCGAUAAACAAACAAACAAUUCUGGAGAUGACCAGGAGGCUUUACACCACCGUUAGUUGAACGUCAGCCCUUCAACAGGGUGUGUGUGUGUGUGUGUUUGAAUGUGUGUGUGUGUGUGUGUGUAUGAGUGUGUGUUUGAGUGGCUGAAGAGCUGAAGAGCUGAAGAGGAGACCGUAUAGCCUCCUCCUCCUCCUAUUAUUAGGUAGGUAACUAGACUAGUGGCUAGACUGUCCUCCUCUACUACACACAGUCCAUCCACUCCAGGGACGGUUUGUUAUUAUUGGGCCUGUUUAUUGAGUGGGACACACCAGUGCCUAGGAUUGACCGGGACGUCCAGACUCCAGACUUUACAGCCAGGCCCCCUCUAGUUUCUGGCCUAAGCAGAAAGCACCCCCGGUCCCAGCGGUGUCUGCAGCCAGUCCUCCCGCCGCCAUGGUGGUCUUCAACGGCGUGCUGAAGAUCAAGAUCUGCGAGGCGCUGGACCUGAAGCCCACCGCCUGGUCGCUGCGCCACGCCGUGGGCCCCAAGCCGCAGGGCUUCCUGCUGGACACGUACAUCGCGCUGAACGUGGACGACUCGCGCGUGGGUCAGACUUCCACCAAGCAGAAGACCAACAGCCCCGCGUGGCAGGACGAGUUCGUCACGGAGGUGCGCGGGGGCAAGAAGAUCGAGCUGUCCGUCUUCCACGACGCGCCGAUCGGCUACGACGACUUCGUGGCCAACUGCACCAUCCAGUUCGAGGAGCUGCUGCAGAACGGCAGCAAGCACUUCGAGGACUGGAUAGACUUGGAGCCGGAGGGAAAAGUGUAUGUGAUUAUCGACCUGUCUGGAUCGUCCAGUGAAGCAGGUGGCUGUGAGAAUGAGGAGCGCGUGUUCCGGGAGCGCAUGCGGCCCAGGAAGAGGCAGGGCGCGGUGCGGAGGAGAGUGCAUCAGGUCAACGGACACAAGUUCAUGGCCACCUACCUGAGACAGCCCACCUACUGCUCACACUGCCGCGAGUUCAUCUGGGGUGUUCUAGGAAAGCAAGGCUACCAGUGUCAAGUUUGUACGUGUGUGGUCCAUAAACGCUGCCAUGAGCUCAUCAUAACUAAAUGUGCGGGUCUGAAGAAGCAGGAGGACACGGCGGAGGCGGUGGGCUCUCAGCGCUUCAGUGUGAACAUGCCUCACAAGUUCAGUAUUCACAACUACAAAGUCCCUACCUUCUGUGACCACUGCGGCUCGUUACUGUGGGGGCUGAUGCGGCAAGGACUUCAGUGUAAAGUUUGUAAGAUGAAUGUACACAGACGCUGUGAAAGUAACGUGGCUCCUAACUGUGGAGUAGAUGCUCGGGGUAUUGCCAAAGUGCUGUCGGACUUGGGGGUGACGCCCGACAAAAUCUCCAGCAGUGUGCAGAGGAGGAAAAAGAUUAGUCAAGGUCCAGACCCUCAGCCUCUGCCCAUAUCUCCACAAACAGAGGAGGAUCGCUCCAAGUCUGCCCCCACUUCACCAUGUGACCAGGAUGCGAAGGAUUCAGAGAACAUCAGGAAGGCGCUAUCGUUUGACCACCGUGGAGAAGAGCUAAAACCAGAAGCACCUUCGUCUCUAAAUGAGGCUGGAGCUGAAGAAUCAGGGGAGGCUCGAGAGAACGGUGAAGUGAAGACGCUGCAAACCAAAAGAAUGAGCCUAGAGGACUUCUCCUUCAUCAAAGUGCUCGGCAAAGGCAGCUUUGGCAAGGUGAUGUUGGCUGAGCUGAGAGGCACAGAUGAGGUGUACGCAGUGAAGGUGCUGAAGAAAGACGUGAUCCUGCAGGACGAUGACGUAGACUGCACUCUGACUGAGAAACGCAUUUUGGCUCUGGCCAGAAAACACCCCUACCUGACCCAGCUCUUCUGCUGCUUCCAGACCAAGGACCGCCUGUUCUUUGUGAUGGAGUAUGUGAAUGGAGGGGACCUGAUGUUCCAGAUCCAGCGCUCACGCAAAUUCGAUGAACCCCGCUCCCGGUUUUACGCCGCCGAGGUCACCUCCGCUCUCAUGUUCCUGCACCGGAACGGGGUCAUCUAUAGAGACCUCAAGCUGGACAACAUCCUGUUAGACGCAGAGGGUCAUUGUAAGCUGGCUGAUUUCGGCAUGUGCAAAGAGGGCAUUCUAGAUGGCAUCACCACCACCACUUUCUGCGGCACACCCGACUAUAUCGCACCUGAGAUUCUGCAGGAGCUGGAGUACGGCCCCUCGGUGGACUGGUGGGCUCUGGGGGUGUUGAUGUACGAGAUGAUGGCGGGUCAGCCUCCGUUUGAGGCUGAUAAUGAAGAUGAUCUUUUUGAAUCUAUCCUCCAUGAUGACGUUCUUUAUCCAGUGUGGCUCAGCAAAGAGGCUGUCAGCAUCCUCAAAGCGUUCAUGACGAAGAGUCCCAAUAAGCGUCUGGGCUGUGUGGUGUCCCAGGGCAUGGAGGAAGCUAUUAAAGUGCAUCCAUUCUUUAAAGAGAUCGAUUGGGUGCUGCUGGAGCAGAGGAAAAUCAAGCCACCUUUCAAACCACGCAUUAAAACCAAGCGGGACGUCAACAACUUCGACCAGGACUUCACCCGCGAGGAGCCUGUGCUAACUCCUGUAGACGACGCCAUCAUCAAGCAGAUCAACCAGGACGAGUUCAAAGGCUUCUCCUACUUCGGCGAAGAGGCUCUGUCCUAGAAGAGCGACUUCCUGCGCUUCUCCCACGCUCCUCUCCCGCUGCUGCACACCUGCGGCCUUUCACUUUUAUCGCCUGAACGGUGAUUUACAGUGAUUUACAGUGAGCGUCUCAAUAUCUGAUUACGGGCUGCUCGUGCGGUCUGUCUGUUUUCGCUCACCAAUGCUAAGCUUUUCCUUUUGAAGAAGAAGCAUGGAAAGACUUUUAGUCCAAAAAUAGAUACAUUCAUUACAAAUACAUUCUUAUACACACACAAACAUAAAUACACACACAUAAACUAAACAUUCUGAUGGAAGUACUGUAUGUACUCAAGCUGAAGCUCUCGUGGUAGAGAGGAAAUCAGUUUCGAUAGAAGGCCAAACUGCUGAUCCAAGAAUGUGCUUGAAUAAUAAUUAUAAUAAUAUCAACUAAUAGCUAUUUAUUAUUGUUACUCAAGUCCAUUUUUGGACGAGGAGCACUUUGUGCGAAGGAGAUGGUUUACUUGUGCAGGCCAGUAAAAGAGAUUGCUGUUAGAUUGCUGGAGAUAUUGAGAGUCAGUAUAGACUUCAUCUACAUCUGGCUCUACUUAAACUACCAUUAAACUGCCAAGCUAUCAUUUAGAAACAGAAAGAAAAUACAAAAUUCCUGGUAAAGAGAUAUUUAAUGCAAGUACAGUGACUAAAAUGCAUGCAGUCUGUUGCUUUCCAUCAUAUAUUUAAAUACACUCAUCGUCAAAAAACAUAGUUGCACCCAGAAAGGAGUCAAAUGUCGGAUUCCAGUGCUGUUUAGAAGAACGAUAUAUGUUACUUUCUAGGAAGAGUAAAUAAUUAAAGUUUUAACAUUCAGACAGGUAGUAUGGGAAACUUUUGGUCAUAUUUAUUGAGUAUGUAUGUGAUAUGUAAAGCAACAUGCCAGACAUCCCAGCAGCUUACUCAGUUGUAGAGUUGUAGAGGUUCCUAAUGGUGUUCUGCGAUAACUCAUUCCAUGCAGCUUGAUAAGAAUCCCACACACUCUUAAUCGAGGAAAGACGACGUCUGACGAUGUAACGAUGUUGCCAUGCAUAGCAUCUGUGUCUUCACAAGCUUGGCAAGCUCUUGCGACUACAGUCAUAUUAGGGGACGAGCAUUGUCCUGUUAGAAUAGUGCACUAGAGGAAUAGUGGUUGAUUGCUGGACAUUUCCUGUUGGUUGGAUGGAACUAUAUAUAUUUUUUUGACAAUGAGUGUAUAUAUAUAUAUAUACAUACACACACACACACACACGUAACAAACACACACACAUGCAACACACUACAUACCAACAGAUCCUACUCUACCGAAGACGCUUUAGGGUCCUAAUGGGAGUGUAUAUGUGAAGUGUGUGGACUGGAUCCAGCACCUCCUCUUUCUCCACUCCACUGCUGUAGAAUCUAUAUUCUGAGACCACAUUGAUUGAUACUCAUGCUGUACGUCACAUCAGCAACUGUAGCUCCGCCCAGUCCAGUCCCUCUCCAAUGGAAAUGCAGAAAAAAAAAUGCGACAAACCAAAUGCAGACAACCAAUGAUUGUAUUGAAUUGAAUUGAAUUGAAUUGAACGGGUGCAGCUUGCUACCUGGCUUUGAGCUGGAAGAAGAUGAGGAAUGCAAAGCUGAGGAGAGUCUUGAUCUUCAGGAUUGACAGGAGCGUCAGUCAGAGCCUGUCAGUGGACUGAUGUUAGAUGAAUGAACUUGUUAGAAUGUUAGAAUGACGAACUUCUACCAUCUACCUUCUACCUUCUCUCUGGAUGUCUGUCCCAUUAGAAACAGUGUUGUCUUCAAUCCAGGCGAAUUAAAAAAAAAAAAAAGUAUUCAUGAAUGUGUCUGUAUGUGUGUGUAGGAGUGUGUGUGAGUGUGUUUGUGUGUGUCGGAGAGUCUGAGAGAAAGCUAGAGAGAGGUUGGUGUAUCGUGGAUGACUCUUUGAGUGUCAGUCGACUAUGUUAAAUCUAUUUUUAUUAUUCUAAUUAUUAUUGUUAUUGUUAUUAUUACUGGAUUGUCUUGUCGCCGAGCUGCUGAACUGUUCCGCAAAGCAGCAAGAACAGCACGAACUGUUCCGCAUAGCCGUGUGGGAAGAUCUAGCAGCGCCUAUCCACGUCUGUCUCUGUGUAUAGAACAUGUCCUGUAUAUUAGCCUGUGAACUCUUUUGGUAAUAGGGGUCUCAUCCGUUGCAUGGCCAUGCAAACAAUAAUAAUGUGUAUUUACUAGACAGCGAGAAAAAAAAGUUACAAUGUCCAUGUGCAAUAUGCUGUGUGUGAGUCUCAUUCGCUUUGCUUUUUUUUUUCUCUUCAUUCCCUUCUGUAUCUCUCUAUUUUUUCUUUUUCUUUGUCUCUUUUUUUACUGUGUGUCUCAAUCCAGUUGCUGAGACGGACAUUUUCAUUUUGAGUUGCUUAAAUUCAUUGUUUUAGAAAAACACUCCAAUACGUUUUUAUUCAUUUUUAUUCCUGAUUUUUUAACAUAGAGUACUUUCACAUUCUUGAAUCUCAUUAUCUCUUAUUCCAUUGUGCUGUAGAAGCCUAGGGCAUUCACAAAAUGAAUGAGUAGAGGAGUGGCAGGUCUUUCAGGACCUAUUUGACACUUUAUGGUAGUGUAAGUUUUAUAUGUUAAAGAGCUUCUUUUGUUUGUACACUCUUCAAAAUGAUGGGGCUUCAGAUGGUUCUUUAAGCAAUGUCAUAGGAGGACCACUCCAUAAAUUCCAUCAGACUUCUCGUAAUGUUCUAUAGACAAGCAGGAAACCUGAUGAAACCUGAAGGGUUUCUUCAGUGGCUUUGCUCAAAGGUGCUGUUUGUAAGUUGGAUGCAGGUGGAACGGGGUUCUGGGCCUUGCUCAGAGUUCAUAAUACUCAUAACUUGACAAACCCGUUUUUGAACCCACAACCCUGAGAUCAGCAAUCCAGUGCUCAAACCCCUGAGCCACUACUGCCCACAUCUAAAGCACCUUUAUUUUUAACAGUGUUAAAAUGAUAUAAUAUGUGAAAGUAAGGGCACAUUUGGAGAAAUUACAUAUUUUGUUCACUUUAAAAAUGUUUCCAACUAAAAUCUGCAAGUGUUCAUGCAAAAUUAGUGAGGUGAACCCAAUUCAACUUAUUCAUUUUUUUACUUUUAACAUAAUUCGAAUCUGGCAGUUGUUCCUUACAUCAUGUCAUGAUGAAUGGACCAGUAGAAAGGCUUCUAUUGACAGAUAUGCUUUUGGUAUCAUUUUGUUUUGAGUGUUUUUUGUCUAGCAUCUGAAUAUUUUGAGUUAAAUAUCUUGGAGGUGGGUACCACUUUAAAAUAAGACUACCUUUAUAAAGGGUUUAUAAAUGGUUUACAAUUAGUUUCAUUAAUUGUUAUUAAUUAGGUUGUAGAUGCCUUAAAAAAUCAUUAAUAAUCAGUUAUAACACAUACAUAAAAAGGGCAAUAAUUACCUGUUGUUUGCCAAAUAGUGAACCAACAGCCAUCUAUAUUGUUGCCCUUGCUCUACAUAAGUGUUAUAACUGAUUAUUAAUGUUUUUAAGGCAUUUACAACCUAAUUAGUAACAUUGAUAAACUAAUUGUAAAUCAUUUAUAAACCAUUUAUAAAGGUAGUCUUAUUUUAAAGUGGUACCAAAUUUGUUCUGUCGAUGCAUUACUAAUGUUAAGUAGAUGUACUGUUAAUAUGUUACAUGAAUGUGGGCCCUGAGUGGUCGUCCGGUCUAAAGCGCUGCCACUAUAAUUGGGAGAGUGCUGGUUUUGAAUCCUGGCCAUGCAGCUUGCCAUCAGCUGCCGUAGCCUCUAGAAACGCAAUUGGCCUCGCUUUCUGAGUGGGUAGAUGGUGCCCUCUUCCCAAAGACAGGCACUCCAAAGGGUGAUGUCGGUCAGCACAAGGCAUCUGUGAGCUGAUGUAUCAGAGCCAAGUCAUUGCGCUUUUCUCCAAGUGCAUCAUUGAUGCAUCAGCAGCAGUUGGAAAAGAGGCGGUGGCUGACUUCACAUGUGUCGGAGGAGGCAUGUGCUAGUCUUGGUGCUCAUUGGUGGUUGUUGGUGCAAGGUGUGAAGAGUGACGAUUACUAAGAAUUCAUUACGAUUCAUUAGGGUAACUAAACCCCCUGAUUUUAGCUGACUCCACCCUUAGCUUAAAUUUGAAAAAUGGGAGGAGUAGUUUGGGAGGGGCACUGAGUGAUGUUUGGGUGUCACGGUUUGCGUAUUGUGACUGUCCACGUACCAAAGUACGCGGAAAUAUCAUCCUCGCCUUUAGCACAGUUGAACCUGCGAGGGCGCUGCAGAGACGGAAAUCAUUUUAAGCAGGACUGUUUUUUUAUAACUUCAAAUAACACAUUUCAGCUAUUGAGAAAAAUAUAUAGUUUAGGAUUUAGUCCCUCUUAAAGACAUUGAUUCUUCAGCUGACAGUUCCUUACCAAAAUUUCUGACCUGGCUAAAUACUCCUAGCAAUUUAAUUAAGGCCUAAUGAAUUAUCUGAGUCAAUGGACACCAACACAUGUGUUGGACUAAUUUUUGCUUUUUUAUAUUUUACGUAUCUGUCCCAUUAACACUUGCAGAUUUUAUUAUACAAUGCAAAUUACAUGUUUGCCACAAAAUGUCAUUUGACUAGUGGUGCCCAAUCUAUGACCAUCUAGGCUUUCUGGACAAGUCCCAGUCUCAAGACAAAAACUCUAAACCUUAGGUAUCUUAGUAAAUAUACUUUGUAGACAUUAAAUUACUGCCUGUAUCCUAUUGGAUGAACAUGGAAGGGCCAUUUCUGGUCAGGUAUAUUAUUAGAAGGAUGGUAGGUCAUUCCCAGCAUAUCUGUAACACUAUUGUAUGUUAAUGCUGUGUUAGUGUGGAGCUGGUAUGUGUGAAUUGGUUUCUUAAGAUCUUAAGAUCAAAAUCACUUGUGCUGAGACCAAAAAAAAAGCCACUGUGAGAUUAACAGUAGGCCUGUCACGAUUAUUAUUAUAAUAUCGACAUAUUUUUCAUUAUGGCCUGGCCAAGAUUUAAAAUAUUUAAGAUAUUUAAAAAAUCCUAUUGCAAUGUUAUCUAAAUAAUUAAAGUUAAUUGCUCUUUAAAAUGGUAGAACUGGUAGAAUUAUUAUGCAGUAUACUAAUCACCAUUGUAUCAGUGGCAUAAACUUAAUAUUCUCUUAAAAUUCAAUUCAAUUUAUUCAAAUUCAAAUUUAUUUACAUAGUGCUAUGGUCACAAAACAACUUUACAAAAAAAUAAGUCCAAGUCUCUUGUGAGUAAGCACCACAGUGAUGCCAAUAAUUAUGGUGACAAAAGUGGCAAGAAAAAAACUUCCUUACAUUAAGAGGAAGAAACUUUAGGAGGAACCAAGACUCAGUCAGAGGAACCCAUUCCCCCUUUUCAAAUGACGAUAAUAUCAUAUAUCCUAAUUUCCCAAGUUAUUAUGACAGGCCUAUUGAGAUCUCAUUGUUUCCUUCUUACCCUGUUAGUCUUCAGAAUCAUUCACAUGUCACUCACUCCUUUUUACUUUUGUUUCUUUUGUGUUUCUUUUAUCACUUUGUGUAUCUUGUCUUUGUGUUUCGCUGCUUUAACUGCAAACUAGAAAAAAAAAGAAAACAAGGCCUCAAUCCUGCCGUCUUCUCAACACCGAAUGGACACCGGCUCACUACUUUUACCCAGUUAAGAAUAUUUAAAUCAAAAGAUGACUACAUAAGACCAUAGGACACAUUCUGGCUGUUGUAACUUUUCACCUGUUCAAGCAAAAAUAAACCUAUACCUGUCUGAAAACA